UCAUAGUAUCCAGGAGGUUUGGAUAUCUUAGAGUUGAUAUGCCUUAUUAAAGCUCAUGUAAACAUUUUACUGGGAUCCUUUGCAAUCUGUGGAAGACUCUUCUGGGAUGUUCACUGAUGAGCAUUCAGCUGUUUCCCACCUUUACAUUUCCAGGAAGAACAAAGGCAAUCAUCAGUCAUGAUGGAUAAAGGUUGUGCUCCCUCUCCAUGCAGGAUCCGAAGGUGUAUCCCAGCCUUAGGUGCCUCAUCUCAUUGCAGCCGCAUCCCAGGAUGUUCAGUUCGCUCACCUGGGACUGGGGGUUUAGGAUCUGUUGGCCCUAGCUUGAAAAAAGACUCCUUAUUCAUGCAGGGUUCCCCCAAACAGACUCUUUUGGCAAAGGGCAAAGGAAUACCCAGACCUGCUUCCAGGCUUAUUCCUCCCAAAUCUCCACGGAGCCAUGACGUUCUGGUAUCAUGUCCUCUUCCCGCCAGAUCCCAGUCACUUCAGCAGACAGCAGCCAAUGGUUUGGAAACGCGGAAACUCAGCUCCAUCUCUUUUACCUUUCAUCAAAGCAACAGCACUCCUCCAACCACCCGGCAACUCAUUUGGCAUCCCAUGGCAAGAAGAGAAUUCCAGAAGGUAUCCCUGAGAAAGGAAAGCCCAGGGAGGUUCAGAAACCAGCCUUUGCCAUGUUCUCAGCUGCUAUCUGGACCACAAACCUUGCCAGAGAGUACAGAGGAGUACAUUCCUGAUUCACAAACCAACUCCUGCCUUGAAGAUGCAAUCCAGAGUUCAGAGAAAGAAACACCACAUUCAGAGAAAAAAAUAGGCUUUGAUAGCUUUCCAUCACAUCUUCCUCAGGCACAUACCAAAACCAUGGGAAAGGAUCCUAUGAGUUCUAUCCUGGCAGAAGCUGUACAUGAAGCCCUGGUUUCCCUGGACAGAAAUGGCAUUCCAAGAGUCACACUCCAGGGCUUAACAGGAUCUGUAAAGAUACUCUCUUCCUUUCCUCAGGAGGGUCCUGAAGAGCAAACUGGUAUGGACCACUGUUUUAUGGCAAAUUCCACAACCAUUCCUGUGGUAAAUGCAACUGAGUCGGAAUAUUUCUCAGAUAAUAUGGAGAACAUUAUCAAGGAAUACCACAAGUUGUAUCUGGUGGAACUUGUUGAAAAAUUUUUUGCUAUGCUGAUUGGUAGUUGUUUUUCAACACCACGGUCUCCAGGAGGUCUCUUUCCAUUCUAG